AUGUCUACAUCCACGCGCUCCUCCAAACGCCAGAAAGCAGGCGACCACGAAAAGGAGUACCGCCUCCUCUACUGGGCCGGCCUCCCCGGACGCGGUGAACACAUCCGCCUCGCUUUCGAAGCCACGGGGACCCCCUACGUUGACGUCUCCAACAGCACGUCUGCAGGCGUCGAUCCCGUCCUCGCUCAAAUCAGCGACAAAUACUACGGCGAUGAACAUAACCCACCCGCCUUUGCCCCGCCCCUGCUCCAACACGGCCCCGACAUUACCAUCGCCCAAACGCCCAAUAUCCUGAUGUACCUGGGCCCGCGCCUCGGUCUAGUGCCUAACACUGACGAUGAUCCCCUGGGUAUAUACCAUGUCAAUUCCCUCACGUUGACGGCGCUCGAUGGCCUCUCCAAUGAGCCGCACGACGUGCACCACCCGAUUGCCUCAGGGAAAUAUUACGAAGAACAAAAGGCCGAAGCUCUCAAAAAAGCCGAAGACUAUCGGACGGUCCGCCUGCCUAAAUUUCUGGGGUAUUUUGAACGAGUGUUGAGGGGGAAAGCGAGCGGUGGCGAGUGGUUAUACGGUGGGAAAUUGACGUAUGCGGAUCUCGUACUGUUUCAGACGCUGGAUGGCGUGAUGCAUGCGUUUCCGAAAUGUAUGGGGCGGAUUCGGGAGGAGGGAAAAUACGAGAAGGUGUUUGCGUUGUAUGAGAGAGUCAAGGGACUAGAGAGGAUCCAGAAGUAUCUGGGCAGCAAGAGGCGAUUGAAGUAUGGCAUGGGCAUUUAUCGACAUUACCCCGAGUUGGAUGAGGCUUGA